AUGACAGGCCACGUUCUUGGGCAUCCCAGUAAAAGGGCCAAAGGUUUGGUUCCUGAACGAAACCUUUCGUCCGUAGUUGUGGGAGUCACAAGGGUUCUUAUGUAUUGCGCUAUGAUAGAAGGAGCCUGCCGCCAACCACAGGUGAUUAAAAGUCGCUUUUUAUGUCUAGACGGUAAGGGCAGUGUUGAAAAAGGCUAACACACGCUUCUAUUUUAGAGAAGCAGCUAGAAGCUGUCUCAUGGAAUUUCCUCAAACUUUAGAGGCCAAGCAGACUAUUUCCUUAGUUGCUUUCAGAUCCCUUCCUGGAAUAAUCCGUUUAGCUCGUCACUGCUGACAAAUAAAUAGAGCAAUUGUCGCAUUUUGUUAUUUAGUAUCUGGAUUAAUAUAUUUUCGAAGCGUUGUUGAUGUAUACUAUAUUGCUAGAAUUACCCAGUUAAGCAAGGCCCCUUUAAACUGUGUAUUGCCACCGAAAUUAAAAUCAAAUGAACUCAAAUGUGAAUGCCAGUCAUCUAGAAGGGAGUAAAACAUUGACUGCUGUAAUAUUUAUGAUAGUAUGGAUGGAUAACUUGUUUCUCAUUAUCCCUGUUUUGUGUCCUUGUUUAGGGUUUGGGUGCCCUCAUCCAACCCAAAGUUCCCCCCGCGGCCUUGGCGCAGUUUUUAUGGGAUCACCUCCAGAUGGACCUACAGCUUCUCGCCAAAAGCCUUGGAAGAAGUGUGGAUGAUACAGUUCUUUGCGUUCACAUGGUUCUUAUGCAAAUGACCGCGCUUAUUUCUAACCGUGAGUUGAAAAGCACAGUCACACACCGACCAAAAAUGACAACCAUACCAUGGCUAAGGGAUCAGAGGGUUUUGUGUUGUGCUUAAAUUGGAGUUACCUAACGUUACUUGUGUUAAUUAAGUUAAACUGGAAAUUCAAAAUGUUAAAUGCUAUAAAUGACUGCGUUGCGUACAGGUAUUCGCUCUUACGCGGAUCUAUUCGGAAUAAGCUUACGCAGCUACCACGCAUCACUUGAGUAACUCUGUUAAGUCGAAACUUAUUUUGCUCUCGCUGUUCAAGGACCUAAAAUGUCCACGUUAUUUGUGUUAAAAGUGCACAGAAAGCAAUGCAUAUAAAUAAUAUGGGCAACUGAAACAUUUAAAUACUUAACUGACCAAACUUUUUAAAAAUGCCCAACGAGAUCCAUUUACUUUCUUAAGGCCCUAUGAACCCGUGUUCCCUGAGUAGUUCUGGUGAAAUUUUUUAAAAAAAGAAGUUCUGACACUUGAUGACAUGAUCGUCUUUGUAUCACCAGUCUUUGAAAGAUGGAGGGGGCAUCAGUGAAUCCAUAGCAUUCUUGGGAGAGACGAGGGGAUGACGAAAAAAUCCAGCGACAUUUGAAAAGAGCAUGGCAAAGAGAAGAAAUAACCACUUCUUAUUUUAAUCAACUUGAGUUAUUGGAAGGUUUUUUUUUUCGUUAGAAAAUAAACCUUGCAGCUUCCUACAGGUCAAGUGUCUAUGUGUCAUGCAAGAAAGGCGUUCCCUUCACACGAAGAAAUCUUUUACCCGUUUUCAGAUCUCUUGCUUUUAUUUUAGGACAACCAGUCGUGAAUGUCGCCCCUGAUUUGAGGUCCAAAGAUUCUCGAAGAAAAUGGGAAACAGCUUUCAGCAACAGUGUGGUGGCUCCAGUGCUUACGGUAUGCCGACUUUACUUUAAAAUAAUGAUAUAAUUAAUAAUGAUAUCAUUUUGAUGCUUUUGGAUUUUCUUAUUUGAUUCUCACUUCUUAAGAACCUCGAGGGAAAGAUCCAAAAUUGCUUGGAAAUGAUGGUUGGAGACAAUCGACUGGGUAUGUUUUUACGUGUUAUUUCGAAGUGUACAUUAUUUAUUUAUUUGUCUAUAUUUUUGCUUUUAGUUAAUAAUUUUAGAGAACCAACUAACCACCCAAUGCGACGAGACUGAAGUACACAUUAAAGUACACGAAGGAAUGCUCGGAAAAAAAACCAAGCCCCUAGCAGGAAUCGAUCUCACGACCCUCCAAUCACCUUUUGACGACUCUACCCACUGAGCUAUGGGUGACUCAUAUAGUGAGCAGAACGUACGCUUGAGGUAGUCACAGGACUUCUCAUCUCAAGAGGACACAGGUCACUUAUCAAAGCAAAGCUAAAUACUUGCAUAUCGUAAGCACCUAAACUAAGAGUUGUGAACACUUAAUAGAUUUAGUGAUUCAACCACCCAAUGCGAUCACUAAAUCUAUAACUGACACAACUCUUAUUUAAUUUGCUUUCGAGAUACAGGUAAUUUAGUGAGUGUUUUGCCUUUGAUUAGUGUCCACUGUACUCGUUACAUGCGAAAUUCUGAGUACCUCAAUUGCACCUCACGCUCACUAUAUGAGUCACUCAUAGCUCAGUGGCUAGAGCCUCCAAACGGUAACUGGAGUCUCGUGGGUCAGAAAAAUUUAACCGGGUCUUUGUGUACGUUAAUAUCUACUUCAGUUUUUUCAGUUAAUUUACAUUUUCAUUAACUGUUUUAUCUAAAUCCGUUUUGUCCUUAUAGAAAACAUGAUGUGCUUUCCGCGUCGUGUAGUUUUGAAAAGCAGAAAACCCCAUUACGUUAAAUGUAUCAUUCCGAUUCUUUCAGGCAACAACCCCCUGAUGCGCCAGCUAUAUGAGGUAGACAUCACACCUGAUGAUCUGUCUGUGAGUAUCUCUCCUACAUGUCCCGCACUGUGGAGAUAUCGAACUCAGGUGACUCUCGAUCACCUGUCACACACAUUUCAACAAGAGGUGGCCUCCACCGAUCCCGAGAGGAACAAAGUGUUAGCGGAGUUUUUACGACAGGUGAGUGCAAGUUAGGUUGCAUUUAAGGAGCUUUGUUACCAGGCUAUUGCUGUCUUGGGUCAAUGCUGUGCAAAAGUUUUUAUUUAGAGACUUUUCCCAUACACAAAAUGCUCCUGAGCAGUUAUGAAGAAGAUACCAAAUAAGUGUCAUCAGGGAGCACUAUUAAACCACAACAAUUUUCGGGUGAUUUUUGCAGGCACAGCAUUGACAAUUGAGUUUCACCAUCCUUGCCAUCCGUUACAAAGGACAACAGGAAAAAGUUGCUCUGCCUAAAUCUUAAUCGGCACCAUUAUUUUUGGAAUUCAAUUGAUGCUAAGACAAGUUUUAACUUUUUAAAUAUGUAGCAAAUAGAGUGACAUGGCCCCUGUGCUUAAUAGGUUUGCUAACACCAUACGAUUUUGUGAUUGAAAUCAACGGCUGCAAAGGAAUGUUACUAUUAAAGACAAAGUGAUAAGUAAAUAACAGUGUGGCUCCUUGCAGCAAUAAAAACUGUCUGUGAACAGUCCCCCGAGGGAGCUACAAUCAGGGACAAACCUAGUUGACACACUCGUUUAAAACGGGUGCUUUUAACAAACAUUUAAUUCAUUUAUUAUUUCAUUCUUUUUAAACGCCGUAAAUCCCCUCACCCCCCGAAUUAAUGUUGUCUGAAGUAAAAAAAAAAAAGACGUGAGGGUCCAAAAUUCAACAUUGAUUUUGGGGGAAAGGGGUUGGGGUAGACAGGGGAAGGGGAUAAGUAUAUCCACUAUGCAAAAAGGGGCCAUUUUAUGGAAGUGUGUCAACACUUUAGUCCCUCAUUGUAGCUUUUUCUUUGUCCUGUAACCCACUAUAGACCUUGUUCACAAGCCGCAAUAAAAAUACUGCCCAACUGUCUACGCCCCUUCGAAUCAAUUUAAGCUCUUUUCAAUAAACUAUGUACUUUUGUACUCGCAGGUAAUGGAUAUCUAUUAGUGUAAUACAAGACGUAGAAAUUAUGAUCAUCUCCUUUCUCCUCUUUUUUAGGAACACAAUCUCCGUGCCCUCCGCUUUUUGCCAGAUAUCAUUAAGCUACAGCGUCUUCUCAGGGAAAAAUUCCAUCGCAGAAUCGACAGGGCAGAAGCAGAGCAUAUCACAAUUCGAAAUUUCCUAAACAAGAUUCCUUCUAGUACGUUCAUUGUCCGAAUAUGAGAUUACCUAACAAUAAAAGCCUGGCAACUAAUUAUGAUCACUGUGGAUAGAAACAAGGAACAAAAUACUUUCUUUUAUGUUUUAGAUUUCAACGGACUGUCUUCAUUUGACUAUUUUCUUUGGAUUUCCUUUGUAUUAUAUAAAAGCCUUGCCUCAGGGUUCGAAGGGCUAGUUUGUAUCACAAAGAAAACAUCGGUGGAUGAUGCUUUAAACGUUUUUAUUCAGAUUUAAUGCGUGCUAACAAACUUAUUACCCGAGUAUUUUGUUAUUUUCUUUUGACGAUAAGAAUCUAUUGUUUACAAGUGACAAAGCAUUUCAUCAUGAUUCAAAUGAUACCUCAUGGGUUCUGGAAUUACGGCAGUAUGUGAAAAGACAUUUUCCACUGCGCCAUUUUAGCACAGAAAGAGCUUCAUGUUAUGAAACUGUUCGGAUAAAUUGUCCAUGCAGAUAACAAUAUCUCGUACCUUUUGUUAAGCUUCAAACACAUAACAGCAUAGAAUAUUAUGUUGAUUCUCUUUUAUUUGCAUGAACAAAACGAGUUUGGUUUUUCUGAUUCAAUUUGAAUUAAGAAAGUAAAAAAUGAAAACUUUGUUAUGGUUUCCUGCGACAGAAAAAUCGUGGGUUGUAUCACGUGAUACCCGUGCUCCUUUCUGUUACCAUGUGACCAAAAAUAACCAGUAAAAUCGGGCCAAAAUUAGCCUGCGCAGCUGGCGGUAUCGUCUCGGUGCACGAUUAAAGUUUUGGCGGCGGAGCCGUGAUCCAGAAGGGAGUGGGACGAGGCGUCUAAAAUAUUUCUAUUUCCAUUUCUAUUUCUCGCGGCUUACGCCGCUUGUGGCAGCUUCGCCGCCAAAACUCAUUCGACUACUACACAGUACCGCCAGCUAUGCAGGCUACGCUAAUUUUAAUUCGUAAUAUUCUCCACAGAAACAACUAAAGAUGAACUCACCUCCCUGAUAAUGAGUUUUAACAAUGCGUGGAAUCUUGUCAGACUGAGUCUUGACCAGGAAGGUAUGUUUCCUAGACCUGUCAGUCUGCCUUUACUUUCUGGUAAAUCACAAUUUUGUGAAUUGCAGGAGCGAGUUAGAUUUGCUAUCUAACCCUUUAAUAUCCCUCGCAAGAAGCUAGCGUCGAUGGUUUUUUGCAAGAAGAACUUGCUCGUUUUAAACAACGGGAAGAUGAUGGUUUUAUCUUUGCGCUAUGAAGAUUAAGUCUUAUUUUACAGAUCCUUUAUAAGGGACAACUGUCAAUAUAAAUUAUAUUGGACAGUUUCGAGUCGUGAAUUUUUAGACGAAGAAAAUUAAAGGGUAUGUGCCACCCCAAAGGGUAGGCAUUUUGCACGUUUUGGUCUGAAAACGGAUUAUAGACUGCUCAUUUUGGUCUGGAAUGGGGUAUGGUUUUUAAGAGAACUACGGCAGUGUACGAACGUAUUUAUUGUUUUAAUUCCAAAUGAGUAAGAAAGAAAGAGAAAUAUACCAAUCCGAAAUGGACUUUAAGAAAUCUUUUUGUUGCUACUCUAAUCUAAGUAAUGAUGACAUAAUUUCUUAAAGGCCAGUUCUGAGAAUGGGAAUGGAUUUUAGAGGCCAGGUCUGAAAACGGGUGUGAAAAAUGACAUUUUUUGGUUUGAAAUAGGGUCAGGAUUUGGAGAUCCGACUGGUACACCCCUACCUAGAAUUCCCAGGAGUAACUCCGGGAUCUAACACUAACCAAUCCUUUUAUUUAAACAGGGCGCCUUCGUCCUUCAAGUGAUUUAUGCGAGAAGUCCAUGGAUAUCUCGCGUCCUCUUGCAGUAUUAUUGCCCAGUACGUCUGGGUUGGGCAUCUGCUCCAUGGCUCUGGUAUUUUUUCUCACCAUGUUGCAUAACGAGUUUAACGAACGGUACCAGAAUUUGACCGGCGGAGAAGUCAAGUAAGUAUCUUUCUUGUUACUCAUCCUCCCUCUCCUCUGGGGCUGUUAUAUUUUUCAAUUUUAUACUACUACAUGAGAAAUUUCUGCAAUUUGAUUGGCUUAGAGCAGUGGUAUUUCAGCUUAAUUUGAAAUACCUACAUGUGAAAAUUAUUACAAACCUUUUGUGGGUAGUAGGGUAAACAAAUAAUAGCAUUAUUUGUACGUGAUAUUUGGCAUAAAUACCACUUGCGAUAUUUCAAAAUGUCUCAAAUUCACUCGCCUAACGGCUCGUGAAAUUACGUAUAACAAUUUCGAAAUAUCACUCGUGGUAUUUAUGCCAAAUAUCACUACAAAUCAUGCUAUUACUUAAUAUUAAUACUGUUUAUUCAAAAUAUUUCCCCGUUUCUGAUUGGCUCCAAUCCUCCCUCAUAACCAGCCGGUGCUAACCAUAUUUGAAAAAUGUAGUCAAUAACGUAAAUAACCCAUCGAUACUAUGGUAUAUUACUAGCAGCCUCGUUUCCACGCAGUAGCCGCCUCAGUUGUGUAGAGCUGUAUGGCAUGGCAGCGAAAGUUGUUUAUGCCAGACUGAACUAAAGGAAAAUAGCGUUCACGGCUAUCCAAAGACAAAAUAACCGAAUUUCUAACUAAAACUGAACAGAAGAAAUGCAAUAAUACGCAAAAAAAAAAUUAUUGCUAGAUAGAUGUCAAGUAUCUACAAUAAAAAACAAAGUUUACAUCCUGGAACCGUGCCGAGAGAGGUAAAUGUUUGAAUAUUUUUGCGGUCAGUACGUAUACUAACACCGUUUGUCCUUUUUGAUCUCUAGGGACCUGUCUCACAUACAGCUACAAGACGUAACCACAUCACAACUGAUUGCUUAUGACACUGACAGAGAUCUACUUCCGCUCAUCCUGGCUCAAUGCAACUACUCUCUGGAGGUGGGUCGGGGAACGUUGGUACAGUACAACUGGGACGCACUGGAAAGACAGCUGAUUGACAGGUUCAUCAGGAGAAAACCUCUUGUUGAUUUCAAGGUAAACUGUGGACUGUGUAAUUUCCACGUAAAAUUUAGAUUGAAAGAUUGGGGAGACCAAUCCAUUGACGGACGAUUGUUGAGUUUAUAUCGAGAAAUCUCUGUGUACUAAUUUUCCCCAUAAUCAUUGACGUAAACACCUUUGAGUGUUUACGUUCCCUAUAAAUCCUUAAAUUUAAUCAUUUUCGAUCGGGUUGUCAAACCACAUUUUGUAAAGAACAACACUGAAACGUUCCACAUUGUAAAAAACUGCGGCAGAGGCAUUCGUUACCGUUGCCGUCAAACAACUCUACAAAGGCCCAUUCAACUGUUUUGCCUAAAAUUAGUCACUCAAGCUAAGAAAGCUGAAUUAUACAGCAAUUAAGAUAGAUUGCGUAAGUUCCCCGUGGAAGAACAAUUUCUUUUACGUUUUUCGUAGGAUUCUCAUUGCUGAAACUGUCGAAAAGAGAUUAGCGAAUAAAAAGAAAAGAAAGGAAAAAUUAACAAUGACAGCAUCACAGUCACGGUGAAUGUUCACGAGAGCUAUUGAAGACUUUCACUCAGUAUACAUAGCUGCUCGUCAGUAAAUCUAUGCACCAAGAGAAAAAAGGGGUUGGACUUUCGGAGCCGUGAUACCCCCUCCCUCUAGUUUUCAAAAUAGUCGGAGGAGACUAUUUUGGGACCUCAAGUGCGCAAGUGUGGCACGCUGGCAUAUCGGUCAAAGUGUUUCGUCAGAUUUCUCUCUUUACUCACUAUUUAUAUAUUUAUUUAGUAAGUUAAUGACUCACACAUGUAUUUAUUUUCUAAAAAAGGUUUCCACGGUCCCGUACUUACUCUCAUUUACUCUUCAAAGAAGAGUGUAGUGUUAAGCGUUCAUUGUUGCUGAUCCAUUUUCUAUUUAUUAUACUUGAUUUUAAAAGCCCAAUUUGUUCAAUUGUUAUUGCAGGAUGAGAGGUUUGCAUUCAGUAAAGAUAUCCAACUAGACUCUGUCUUUGCUGCUGUAAAGGCUAAAGUUCCUCAGGUAAAACCAUUCUUAUUAGUGUACUAGAGCUAACCUGCAGACUAGCCUCAAGGAGUAUAACGACAUUGAAAUUAAUUGUACGAGAAACGGUUACCCCGCGUGACACAUGCCUCGAUUGUAAAGUAGACUGAUAGUCACUUGAGUACUCAGUUUUUUUGCAGUUAUCGGAAGCGAAGGAGGCACCUUCAUCUUCGAAUAUGUUAAGACUUGAAUGUAGUCAAGCAUCAGCGCUAGUUGUCGUAAUAUCCAUGACCAGUCGCACAGAGGCACUCUAAAGAACUGUGAGAUUCAAUUAAACUACGGAUAUAUUUUUGUCUUUUCUCAGGUUCCUCUGAGUUCAGCAGUAAGCCGUCAGGUCAUAAGCGAGUUUCGCUCCCUGACUGACAUCUGUGACGUGCUGUCACCUUUGGACAUUGCCAUUGGUUUUCUAUCUUCCACUGGGGGAGCCCCUGAAAGGCUCCUCAGUAACUAUCUAGGAGGGGUGCUACGAAUGCAACAAAACACUCUACGGAGUUUGAAGGUAUAAAUUGUAGCUACAACUCAAGUUAAGUUUGUACAGUAAAGAAUUGACUUUUGCAGCAACCUUCGCGUUUGUGUGCCCGAUUUUCCUCUUCCCCUUUCCCUUUCGAAUGCAUAUCACUCCGCGUAUUCUGCUGCCAACAGAUUCCUCUUGGGUUGAAUCCAAUACAUUCUACGUGUCUUUUUUCUUCUGUUUUCCCUUUCAGGCCCAGCAGUACUGUCAGUUACGUCACGUGAUCUCUCUCUGGCGACUUCUCACCCUUGAAAGAGCCAGAAUUCUUAUAAGGCGAGGCGAGGUAAGGAACAUUUUAUAUUUCCAUUUUUAACUUACAUUUAACCUUUGCACGACAUUCGCAAAGACUUCGUAACAACAUUCAGCUGAGGAAUUAUCAACUUUCUCAUCAAAACAAAACUAAAAACAAGGAGACUUAAAAGCGACUUCUUACUUGAGUGUCCUAUAAUAAACGAGAAAGUAGUUACUCCGUUCAAUCGAGACAAACGCAAAUAGCCAAUUAAACCAAUCAGACCUCCAAGACUGUAUAUACAUACGAUAUCAGACUCAAAGCAGCUUAGAACAAGCUCUGUAUUUGGGGAAUAUUGUUAGGAGUCGCGCACGAGCGGGUAGCGAAAAAAGGCGCGAGGGCACGGGGCUUUGCCACUCGCCCACGCAAUCUCUUGUGACUCGCCUCGCUCAUUACUCGAAAUAGAGAGCUUACUUACACUUGCUUAGCACACCACGAUUAAUUUAAGUUUUUUUCAGUUGUUGAUCUAUGUACUGUAAUCCUGUAAGAGAUGUGUAAACAGCAAUGCUUAAAGUAAGACUUAACUUUCAGUGUUAUUGCCUUUGCAGGAUCCGUUUGAGCAGAUUUCGGACAAAUACAAACAGGUCAUGUCCCGACCUGAGCUGAUGAAGUUUAGCAGUGGGAUGAGAAGGAUUGACUUGGAUCGCUUUGUCUGUGAGGUCCUGGAACUUAUUUUGCUAAACUUAAGAGGUGAUGCAGUCCCCGGAGAAGAAGAAAUGAGGUAACUUUGGAGAGAUUGCUUCUAUUAUGACCAGUAUUUCUAUGGUUGACGUAGACAUCUGUGGAAUGUUUAUCUGUAGUUGGCUAUUUAUCAGCAUGAACUCGGCGUUUUAUGUUGGACUGUCGAGAAGCAAGUCUUGAUAGUGGUCAGAGAUGUACUCGACCCUAGGACCUCUGGAUUGCAAGUCCAACGUCCACGCUGCUCCCCCUCCCUCCCCUAUCUACUAUUGUUGAUCAUAUUAAGAAGCUACACCAAAGAUUCAGAGAAAUAUUUUAUCUGAUAUAGUUCAGUUUACAAAACUCGGCUUGUGUUCCAACCCACUCCCUAGUGGUUAAAUAUGACCUGGAUAAUUUGCGUAUCAUCUUACAACGGCUGUGUCUCCUUUUAUUCAGCCUGGGUGAAUACAUCGAGUGGCAUCUUGACAACAAAGGAUACGAACCAGUGCCAGGACUGGACGCAUUGCCAUCGGAAGUGCAACUAAAGCACGUGAUCAAUGCUUGGAGAACCUCUGUUGAACUGUGUGACAAUUAUCACGACAAGCGAGACGCUGCUAACGCUUGA